AUGUCUGGCGGAGUGCGCGAAGUCCAGGAGGAGAGAGUCGCGCCCUCCUCUUCUUCCAACGACGGCGAGAAUGUGAUUCAGUACCAUGUCGACAAGCCGGCAGAGGCAUCCUCAGGCUCGGAUCCUUCUGCUGUUGAAGCUCAGAAGGCCACGACCCUGCAGGCAGACGGCGAAACCGAGGGUGAAGCUCAUUCGGCCUUUAGCAAGAAUGAGAAGCGCUUCAUCGUCUUAAUGACCACCAUGGCGUCGUUCUUCUCUCCUCUGUCCGCCCAGAUCUAUUUCCCUGUCAUGCCCACGCUUGUUAAAAACUACCAUCUCACUACUGCCUUGAUCAAUCUCACCAUCACCACAUACCUGAUUUUGCAGGGUCUAGCUCCGAGUUUCAUUGGCACUUUUGCCGACUCGGGAGGUCGUCGUCCAGCAUACAUUCUUGCGUUCACUGUCUACCUGGCUGCUAACAUCGGCCUCGCAUUGCAGAAUAGCUACGCGGCGCUGAUGGUUCUUCGCUGUAUCCAAAGCGCUGGUAGCAGUGGCACCAUUGCCUUUGGCUAUGGGGUUGUAGCGGACAUUGCAACGGCGGCGGAGAGAGGGAGCUUCAUUGGACCUGUGUCUGCGGGUGUUAUGGUGGCGCCGGCUCUCGGGCCUGUCAUUGGAGGUAUUUUGGCCAAGUUUCUCGGCUGGAGAAGUGUUUUCUGGUUUCUGGUUAUCAUCAGCGGUGGCUACCUGGUGGUGUUCAUGAUCACGAUGCCAGAGACUAAUCGUAAUAUCGUCGGGAAUGGUAGUGUCCCUCCGAAGGAGUGGUGGAGGAUGUCUGUCAUUCAGUACUUGGCCGCACGUCGCCGACUAAAGAAGAUGACAGCCGAAGAACGCCUCGCUCAUCAGGAGCAGAGAGCACAUCUCAACCAAGCACGCGGAGACAAAAAGCUUUCAUUUCCGAAUCCACUCAAGGCUUUCGCGAUCCUGCUGGAAAAAGAUGCAUUCAUCGUGGUCUCCUAUGUCGGAUUGGCCAUGUUAGCUAACACUGCGCUCUUGACAAGCACACCCAACCUCUUUGGCAAGCUGUAUGGCUUUAACGACCUUCAAAUUGGUCUUUGCUACAUUCCUCUUGGAGUGGGUUCAUGCAUCGCAGCGAUUCUCAACGGCAAGCUGCUGGAUUUCAACUAUCGCCGCAUUGCUCAUAAAAUAGGCAUGCCAGUGGAUCGGAAGAAGGGUGACGAUUUGCGGGGCUUCCCUAUCGAGAAGGCUCGUCUACAGGCUUUCUUUCCCCUCAUGGCUCUCGGUGUAGCUGCCUUCAUCCCGUAUGGCUGGGUCCUUCAGCAGGGAGCGCCGCUGGCGGCACCCCUUGUCCUGCAGUUCAUCAUCGGAUUCAGCUUCAUCGCCUCCCUUAACACACUAAACACGCUCAUGGUGGAUCUGUUCCCAGACCGAGCGUCUACCGCGUCUGCGGCAUCGAACCUCGUUCGAUGCUGGCUGGGAGCCGUCGGUGCCGCUGUGAUUGACCAUAUGCUCACCGCCAUGGGCUGGGGCUGGUGCUUCGUCUUCUGGGGCUUGUUGAUGCUGGCAGGUCUAGGCCUGCUGUGGGUGGAGUACCACCAUGGCAUGAAAUGGCGUCUGGCAAGACUCGCCAAGCUGGAUCAGAAACGGGUGGAGAAGGAGACGCAGAAGGCCGCAAGCGAGAACAAGGAGGCGCACCGAGAUGAGAACGAGGCAAACUCGGAAAAUUGA